AUGAGACAAAGAGCCUGCCUUAUUGCAAUAUCGAAAGUUUGUAAAGAGUUCGGCUACGUCCGACCAAUUCUCACAGAAGAGAAGGUUAUAAGCAUCAAGCAAGGGAAACAUCCCUUGCAUAUGAUACAAUCUGAUACUUUCGUUCCAAACGACGCAGAAAGUAGCAAUCAGGCUGGAUGCGUGAAGAUUCUCACUGGACCAAACUCUAGCGGGAAAUCUGUCUAUAUGAAGCAAAUAGCAUUGAUAGUCUACUUGGCCCAUAUCGGCAGUUUUGUACCAGCGGAAAACGCCACCAUCGGACUAGUGACCCAUUUGUUCACGCGCAUACAAAGCACGGAGUGUGUGGCCGCACAUAUGUCCGCUUUCCUCAUAGAUUUGAAACAGAUGUCACUAGCCCUCCAGCACUCUACCGGCAAUUCCCUCCUCAUAAUAGACGAGUUUGGCAAAGGCACCUCCGAGACGGACGGACUGGCUCUCCUAGCGGCUUGUAUCAACACUCUGCUGUUCAGGGAGGAAUGCCCGCACAUACUCCUCUCAACUCACUUCCUUAAUAUCAAGGAGUAUAUCGUCGACUCACCGACGGUCAAGUUUUUGCAUUUCGAGCAUGUGGUUCAAGAUGGCGAGCCGGUAUUCCUAUUCCGCGUGUGCGAGGGUAGUACGGCGAGUAGCUUCGCGCGGGAGGUGGCCGCGGCCAGCGGGAUCGACUCCCGGGUCAUACACAGGGCUACAGCUGUCAUGGACUGCUUGAUGGUAAUCUUGCUUUUCACUGCAUAA